CAAGAGACCAGCCAGCCAGACAGACCCCUGACUGUCGUAAUUGAGGAGAAGGGGGGCGUGAAAAGAAAAAAAACCCCAACCAACACAACCUGUCUGUAGCGUUUCAAUCUGCGUUCACCUGUUUUUGUUAAUUAAACUGCGGAGAAAUGAACAUCUGCGGGUAGCUGGAGCUGACUGGACUCACCGACACACACCGCCCGUCCUUUCGCUUUCAGAAAAGAAACAAACGCCAAGAUUUAAUCAGCAACAAAAGGAAGACCAAUUUAACCCGCUGCCCCCUUUUCAUUCCUCUCCUCUUCCUCUGAGGAACCUUAACAUCAGUAGCAAGUGGUGGCUACUUGACAUUAGCUCCGUUUUUUCCCCCUCCGGCUCCGUCUCCAUCAAUACAACAACAUGUCAAAAUAUACGAGCUUCCCUGAGCCCACGGACGACCCCAACCCUUUUCAGGACCCUGCAGUGACUCAACACAGCAGCAACACAGGAUAUGCCACACUGGACCUUUACAACCCAUUUGAUAAAACCACUGGGCCUCCGCCACCGUAUGAAGCCACCUCUCCCUCUGCUCCGUCUGUGCCUGCGCAGACCCCACCCAGCAGGACCACUCCCACUGAGCCUCGCAACUAUGGCUCCUAUAACUCCCAGACUGCAGUAAAUGCUACCACAGCGGAGCUCUUGAAGAAGCAGGAGGAACUCGAGAAGAAAGCCCGGGAGCUGGAGAGGAGAGAGCGGGAGCUUGAGUCACACAGCUUGGGACCCGGAGCCACUCGUCAGAAUAACUGGCCCCCGCUGCCUUCGUUCUGCCCCGUGGGCCCCUGCUUCUACCAGGACAUCAAUGUGGAGAUCAGUCAGCGCUUCCAGCGUACCGUCACCGUCAUGUACUACUUCUGGAUGUUCUGCACUUGCACGCUGCUCUUCAACCUGAUCUCCUCCCUGGCUAAUUUCUGCGUGAACCCCUCCGGUGGUGUUGGCUUGGGCCUCGCCAUCCUCUGGGCCCUCCUCUUCACCCCCUGCUCCUUCGUCUGUUGGUAUCGACCUGUCUACAAAGCCUUUAGGACUGACAGCUCCUUCAACUUCUUUGCCUUCUUCUUCAUUUUCUUUGCCCAAGUGGUCGUCUUCGUCAUCAUGACCAUUGGCAUCCCUGGAUGGGGUUUCAGCGGGUGGAUUGUGAGUCUGGCUGCUCUGAAGACCAAUACCGCUGUUGGUGCGAUCAUGAUGAUUAAUGCCAUCUGCUUCACUGCCCAAACUGCCAUGGGGGUUGUCAUGCUGAAGAGGGUCCACAGUAUGUACAGGCAGACCGAUGCCAGCUUUCAGAAGGCCCAGGCCGAGUUCGCCACCGGAGUCAUGUCCAAUCAGGCCGUACGCCAGGCCGCCACCACCGCUGCCCAGGGGGCCUUCACAGCACCUCGAUAGAGAGGGGUAGGGAGGGUAAGAAGGGGAGGAGGGAAGGCCCUUUCACCCUGAUAGAGGAUCUGUUUGAUAUUUAUUUCCCCACUGGUGAUUAGAAUUUGAAAAGGGGGGGGUGGAAUCUGAGUCUAUAUAAUUACCCCGGGGCAACUUAACACCAGGGCACGUGCAUGAGACAGAAGUGGGGUUGUGUAAUAUGUGAAGGUGUACAGGACAAGUUAGCUACUUUGCCAAACCAGGAGUCAACAUAUCGUAAGUGUUGGUUCGAGGCACGGAAAGACGGUGUGAGAUGUGAAAAACUAUAAGCUGUGAGCUAAACCAAGUGUCAGUUAACACAGGGAAAAAAGGUUUUUAUAUAAGAAGACGAGCUGUGUGCCAAGUCGAUCAUGUUUGGACAGUACUAGCCUGGAUAUUUCCCUUUUAUAAAUGGCUUGGAUGUACGUUCUGUUCACGAGAAGCCAGGUGUAGAACAAAGUGUAAGAGGAGCUGAACACUGAAUUAUUGCCAUUUUAACAUUUGAUCCAUAACUAAGUGGCUCAACUUUACCCAAAUGCUACUUUUUGUUGCAUUAAGUGUUAAACUAACAUGUUGUUGUUGUUUUUUUUGCGGUUACUGCAUAUGAGAAUGCCUAUUUACCUUAUUGCCAAAAUCUCUCACACUGUAAUGAAUACCUGUUGUUUUGGUUACAAUAUCUCUGUCACUGUUUUCGUUGGUGCUGUCUGUGGUUAUUAUGAUUAUUACAUGUCACUGUCUUGGUUUUAAUAAAAAUAUACUGUCAUGCUUACAGAG